AUGCAGCAGCACAUCUACGCCUGCAACGCUUCCUUCGAGCACAGUGCCACCAACAACCACGACAACUACAACACCAUCAAGCACCACAGAUGGAUGCCCGACGUGGCUGCCCGGCCCGGGCGGAUGUAUUCACUCAACCCCGUUCCCGUCGGGCUAUCGGGGUUUCGGCGACUGUGCCUGGAUCUGUUUCAACGACCCGAGUUGCAAAGCCUACGGAUGGGUGUCGGGCUCAUCGUCAGGCUGCAAGUUCUCAACGAUAUCCCUAGACGGGCAGCUCACCACAGACUCAACAUCAGAUACGAGAUGGUUCAACAUGAACUGCCCCCAGUGCUACUCUUGCCCGAACAAGCCUCCUCUCUCGACAAAGACACCAGUGUCCACCUUGCCGUCCACUACGUCAACUCCUACGACUUUCGGUACAAUAACCACACCAGCUUCAUCAAGCACUGA